AUGGCUGGUACCGAGGAGAGCGCAGAGGCUCCCGAGGUCCGCAAGCGUGGACUUAGCGGGUCCAUGUCGCUGCGUACGCGAAAAUUGGGACGAAGGUUGUCCCGAAGCAUGUCCAUAGUGGCGAUGAAGUUGCCUGAGAAAGCCCAAAGCAUCACCCGAUCAACUAAGCUUAUGCGUUCGGGCAGCCGUGAUAAGAAAAAUAGGUCUUUUGAACUCUCCGUCAUAUUACCGGAUAAAACACAGAGACAGGUAAAUACGGCAAAAGUUAUUUAA